CGCCGCGGGUCGCAGCGGCCGCUCCCUCCGGCCCGGGCCAGCGGAGCGGCGGCAGGCGGGCGGCUCCUGGCGGCCUGUGACGCGCGGGCAUCAUGGCGGCGCGGCUGCUGCUGCUGCGGCGGCGGGGGGCAGCGGCGCGCUGGCGGCGGGGCUACAGCAGCGCGGCUGCCGAGUACCUGCACCGCAGCGUCGUGCCCACCAUGCACUACCAGAAGAGCCUGCCCAGAUUGCCAGUUCCAAAGCUAGAAGAUACAAUUAGGAGAUACCUGAAUGCUCAGAAACCACUUUUAAAUGAUGACCAGUUCAGAAAAACUGAAGAACUUGCUCAUCACUUUGAAAAGGGGAUUGGAAGGGAGCUGCAUGAGAAACUGGUUGCCCAGGACAAUCAGAACAAGCACACUAGUUACAUCACAGGUCCCUGGUUUGACAUGUACCUAAAAGCACGUGAACCUGUUGUUUUGAAUUUUAAUGCAUUUAUGUCUUUUAAUCCUGAUCCAAAACCUGAAUAUAACGAUCAGCUCAUAAGAGCUACCAACAUGACUGUUUCUGCUAUACGUUUCAUGAAGACCUUCAGGGCUGGUUAUCUUGAACCAGAGGUCUUUCACCUCAACCCAGAAAAAAGUGACACUCAGCUCUUUAAAAACAUUAUCAGAUUUGUGCCUUCUUCAAUUUCGUGGUUUGGUGCCUACAUGGUCAAUGCAUACCCCCUGGAUAUGUCUCAGUACUUCAGGCUUUUCAAUUCUACUCGUCUGCCCAAGCUCAACAGAGAUGAGCUGUACACAGAUGAAAAAGCAAAGCAUUUGUUAGUACUGAGAAAUGGGAAUUUUUAUGUAUUUGAUGUCAUUGAUAGAGAUGGAAAUAUGCUGAAGCCUUCAGAAAUACAAGCACACUUGAAAUACAUCCUUAGUGACAACAGUCCAGCCCCAGCCUUCCCUCUUGGCUACCUCUCCAGUGAAAACCGAGAUACGUGGGCAUUGCUGAGAAAGCAGCUCCUGGAGAAUGGCAAUGAAGAAGCUCUUCAAAAAGUAGACUCUGCUGUGUUCUGUUUAAGCUUAGAUGAUUUUCCUGUUAAAGACUUUGUGCACUUGUCCCACACUAUGUUGCACGGAGAUGGUGCUAACCGCUGGUACGACAAAUCCUUUAAUCUCAUCAUAACGAAGGAUGGCACAGCAGGAGUUAAUUUUGAACAUUCCUGGGGAGAUGGUGUGGCUGUGCUCAGGUUCCAGAAUGAGGUUUUUAAAGAUAGCACCCAGACACCAGCCAUCAGCCCCCAGUCCCAGCCUGCUUCAGUGGACUCCUCUAGAGCAGUGCAGAAACUUGACUUUAAGCUGAAUGAUGCCUUAAAAGGAGGAAUUACCAAAGCCAAACAGAAAUUUGAUGCCACUGUAGAGUCCCUGUCUCUCAAUCUGAUUCAGUUCCAUGAAGGAGGCAAGGACCUUCUGAAGCAGAAGAAGGUGAGCCCAGAUGCUGUGGCUCAGCUUGCCUUCCAGAUGGCUUUCCUUCGACAGUACAAUCAGACUGUGGCUACCUACGAGUCCUGUAGCACUGCAGCUUUCAAACACGGUCGUACGGAAACCAUUCGUCCUGCCUCUGUGCAUACAAAGAAGUGCUCAGAAGCUUUUGUCAGGGGGCUGUCCAAGCACAGCACCGAAGAGCUUCAGAAGUUGGUAGAGGAGUGCUCCAAAUACCACGGGCGUUUGACAAAGGAAGCGGCUAUGGGUCAGGGAUUUGACCGGCAUCUCUUCGGCUUGCGCAACGUGGCCUCAUCCACAGGGAUUGCACUGCCUGAGUUCUAUCAAGACCAAGCCUACGCUCGGCUUAACCACAACAUCCUCUCCACAAGCACACUGGUGAGCCCAGCUGUGCAGCUGGGAGGCUUUGGCCCAGUGGUGGCUGAUGGCUUUGGAGUAGGGUAUCAGGUACAUGACGAUUGGAUAGGUUGUAACGUUUCCUCUUACCCAACUAGGAAUGGUAAAGAAUUCCUUCAGUGUGUACACAAGUCCCUAGAAGAUAUCUUUAAUGUUUUAAAGGGCAAGAAGAUUAGUAGUUAAGAGAUAAAAAUCAUUGGAAGACUUUCUAGUUGCAGUACAAAAUGCAGCCUGUGUCUAAUUGGCACACUAAUCAGCAUUCAGUGGGACUGAGACUGCCCAGCUUAAUUGGCUUAAUUUAUCUUCACUGAACUUGAAUACUGUUAGAUCCACUUGGAAAUUUGUAUCUAUUUUAAAGUAUAGACCUUGAAUGCCUGUUUCAGGAAUACAGGCACUCAGAGUGUCAAAGGAUAGACCUUGAAUGCCCAUUUCAGGAAUACAGGCGCUCAGAGUGUCAAAGUCAAGUAAUGGAUCCGUCUGUUCCAACAGCUCCACGUGUUCUUAAAAGCUGUUAGUUAAGACAGAAAGUGGUGCUGAGUUUAUGAGCUCAGAACAUGUGUUCUGAGAGUGUUCAGGCUGACUGCAGUCCUGUGAUAACACUCUUCAGCUGAUUUUAAUACCCCUCACACAGUAAUUUUAAGUAAGAAUGGUUUCAUUCGUGUUCUUGCCACCCUUAUUAUUCU